GGCGGAGUCCGAGCAGAGCUCCCUGUUUUCGGGGCUGCUGCUGCUGCUGCUGCCGCUGGGAGGAGACGGAACAGUCAAUGGGACCGCAGCCCCUCAAGCGCGCACCUCCUCUGUGCGGAGACGCGCACUCUCAUUUGAGAAUGGGGGCUCACCAGACGUGCACAUAGGCUCCUCUUUGCUCUCUCCAAUCGUAGCGAGCUGGCGACGCACCUCCCAUCUACCACCACCCGCUCCACGCAUCUUCCACCCGCCGAGCUCGUGCAUGAGCGCGGUGCCGUGCUUUAAGUGCCAGUCUGUACCGUGCCAGGGUCCAGUAGAAGGUGGACUCAAAGGAUAUGGCUAAUAUUCAUUAAUGGCUGUGUAUGUGUUUCGUUCACAGGGUCAUGGAUCAGUGCUUGUCCUAGGCAGGGCUAGUUCCGUCUCUGUAAGGCAGUAGUAAUGUUCAAAGUCACCUGUUCGUCGUGUUAGAUUGAACUUGUCAGUGUAAAGUAUACCAAGAUAAUAAAGGGGGGUCAACACAGUUUGAUCAAAGCGUGCGAAAUCAAAGUGAACGAUUAAGCGGAUCACUUCGUUUCAGGACCAUGUGCUACCACCACCACCUGCAGGAUCUUUGUAGGAAGCAGCUGCUGCUGAUCGGGGAGAAUCAUAUCAGUAUUGCCAUGUUGCCAGUGAUCGCGGUCCAUGGAGGGGCCGGGCACAUUCCUAAAGAGCGGGCUGAGGUGUCCUGUGCAGGUGUGAGGGAGGCAGCCAGGGGGGGCUAUAGCGUCCUCAGGGCCGGUGGCAGUGCCAUGGACGCUGUGGUGGAGGCAGUGACCAUGCUGGAGAACAACCCUUCUUACAACGCAGGCCGGGGGUCUGUGCUGAACGUGAAGGGUGAAGUGGAGAUGGACGCCAUCGUCAUGGACGGACGCACGCUGGCAAGCGGAGCUGUGUCGGCCGUCAGGCGGGUGGCUAACCCCGUGCAGCUUGCCAGGAUGGUCAUGGACAAGACCAACCACCUGUGUCUGACAGCUGAAGGGGCAUCGCAGUUUGCCAGGGCUAUGGGCAUCCCCGAGGUGCCAGAGGAGUCUCUCAUCACAGACUAUGCCAGGAUGCGCUGGAAGAAGAACCUGGCACCAGAUGCCAACCCAGUGGAGUGUCAAAUGGGUAAGAUGGGUACAGUGGGUGCGGUUGCCGUGGACGCUGAAGGCAACAUCGCCUGUGCCACCUCCACGGGGGGCAUGAUCAAUAAGAUGGAGGGUCGUGUCGGAGACACACCAUGCAUAGGAUGUGGAGGCUACGCCGAUAACAAGGUGGGAGCGGUCUCUCCGACAGGCCACGGGGAAGCCAUCAUGAAAGUCGUUCUCUCCAGGCUUAUCCUCUUCCACAUGGAGCAAGGGAAGUCAGCAGAGGAGGCGUCGGACCUGGGCCUGGCCUACAUGAAGGAGCGGGUGCAGGGUUUGGGCGGGGUGGUGACUGUUGACCCCAAGGGCAACUGGGCCGCACGCUUCAGCAGCCUACAAAUGGCAUGGGCGGCAGUGCAGAACGAACAGCUCCACUACGGCCUCUACAUCGGAGAACACUUCACCGAAUCAGCGUGCGAGCCAUCUUGAAACACUUAUUCUGUUGUCGCUACAGUAUGUUGGUUCGAAAAAUUAUGCACUGACAGUGUCUAAAAUUAAAUGCAAUCGGUGAUCUGCCUAGACCAGUGUUUCUCAAACUUUUUCAGACCAAGGACCACUUAACCAAUAAAAAAAAAAUUCCCAGACCACCAA